AGCUGGCGCCAACUCCUGCUCCUUUUGAUUUCUGCCGAACUUCGCUGUUGCAUGCGGCUCCGUGUCGAUAACUGUUCCUGACAUUCGGUUUUUCUUCUUUCCUCUCGUUACCAUCUUCAUGCGACUUGGCAGCUCAUCACCGUUCGUAUAUACAUAUAAAUAUAUAUUAGUAUAUAAAUAUCCAGGGGACUCUACGCUCCGGUUCGCCCAUUGAACCUGUGUGAAAGAGAAACAUAUUUGCCCUUGAUCGUGCCGGUUUUUUCCUCCCUUUCUUUCCCACAACAACGUUGCACCGUUUUGUUUCUAUUGCAUUCUUACCGCUCUAUCAUCAUCGUCAGCAUCAUCAUCAGCAUCAACAUCAUCACCUCUCUUUCCUUUGUUUGUUUGUUUCUAUUCCUUUCUUCGAUAUUUAUAAUUCCCUCCUUCCUUUCCUCCUUCUCUCUUGUUGUCUUGCUAGUGGUUGCUGAAUAUUCCUGCGCUAGGAAAGAAACAGAAGAAAACAUGUCGGAAGCAAAGAAGGGCCACGUCGACGAGGUCACGCAGUCCGCUGCGGAGGAAAGCGCGAGGAAGGACAGCAAAACCUCCAACGCACCGGCGGUGGUAGAGUACAAGACCCCCUUCGCCUUCUCUGGCCCGACGCACGAGGAGGCCGGCCGCGUCUAUCGCCUACCGAACAAAGCCGACUGCUACGCCUUCCGCACCUUUGCGGACUCCCUCGACGGCUUCACGCUGCGCUACAGCCGCCCGCACGAGGUAAUGGUAUGGGACCGCAAGCUUCCGAAUGAGCCGAUGCACGUCAUUAAGGUCUUCGGCGUCUUUCGCAAAACGAAAGAAAAUCCGCAGGGCGGGUGCGCACCACGAGAGCUCUACGACAUGCUGCAGGACCCCAUUUUUCGAGAGGACUGGGACGACUACCGGCUGGAGGCGUUUCGAGUGGUGAGCCUCAGCGCCAACACUGACAUCGGCUACUACGCGGCGAAGAGUCCUGUGCCGCUCGUCGCGAACCGCGACUUCGUUAACCAGCGCAUGUGGCACGACGCCGGACAGGACGAGUUCGUCAUCUUCAACACUUCCGUGCCGCACACCGCGGUGCCGCCGUCGUACCAGAAAGACACGCAUAAGAACAAGCACGGCGAGUUCGUGCGGGCGAUGUCGAAGCUGACGGGGUACUUGAUCCGCCCGUGGCGCAGCCCGACGACGGGGGAGGUGGAGGGGACGUCGCUGACCUACAUUACUCAGACGGACCCGUGCGGGCGGAUUCCCACGACGAUCACGAACUUCAUCGCGACGAAGUUUGCGCCGAACACAAUUCGCAACGUCGACAAGGCCAUUCCACUGUUUCGGACGUGGUUUAAGAAGCAGCUCGAGGCGGGGACGUAUAACAAAGAUUGGGAUCAGACGCCAGAGUGGUGGGUGGGAGAGGGCGAGGGCGCCGGCGCAGAGGUGAAGAACGAGACAACCGACUUCGCGGUAGCGAAAUGGAAGGAGGAGGCGGAUAAGAAGUCGAAGAAGUAA